AUGGGAGACCGCCGCGUCCGCGGCUCGGAGGAGCCGUCGGAGGAAAAGACGGAACCAUUCUCACAGACUGAAAUCGACGCGCGCAUGAGGAGCAUCCGCGUUGAGGAGUCCUUCGACCUCGUCCAGGCCGAUCCUGUGCCGCUCGACAAGCUGCGCGUCGAGGAGCACCACCACAAGCAGGGCAUCCGCAUCCUCGUCCGACCCCUCACCCGGAGCCGCUCCGUGAGCCCGGGCAACUACAACUGCCAGUGGCUCGCCCUCCGCGCCGAGGUCGCCUCCGAGAAGGACCCCCAGCACAAGGUGCUCGCCGUUUCCCAAACGUCCCGGGACAUCAAGUUCUCCGUGCGCAUCCCUCCGGAGCGCCUCGACGACAACACCCCGCGCCCGCCCCUGUGGUGCGAGCUCUACUACGACCCGGCCAGCGACAAUCAGAUCCUGCUGAACCGCUCCGAGGUGCCCAUCUCAUUAACGAGGAUCUCCGACGGCCCUGCCUCCAGCGUCAGUUGGGCCGUCAACCCGGGAACCCCAAAGGCCCUGUCGCCGGGCACAUGGCGCAUCAACGUGCGCGACAUCGAAGUUCUCGACUUUAGGAUCUUGGAGAAGCGGCCCGCCUUCUUCAAGCUCGCCGAGCCCGCCGUCAAAGACGAGGCCCCUUCCAACUCGGAUGCGGACGCUAUCAACGCUUCCGGCAAGCGGUCUUUCACCGCCGAGCACGAGGGCUCGCGAUCAGAAAAGAAGGCUCGCACCACGGACGAGGUCGGCAUGGAUGCGAAGAAGGACAAGGAAGACGGCGUCAUCAUGUUCCUCCGACCGGCAGCCGAGCCCCUCGUGUUCCCCCUCCCGACCGAGGCUAAGAGCAGAGACGUAGUGCCGACCAACGGCCACGCGCUGCUCGACAUGCAACGCGAAGAGGCUGUGGUGAUCCCCGGCGGGUGCGAGAUCGACGAGUACACGGUCACAAAGCGUGACCAGAUCGCGUCGACGACGCUCUCGUCCGUCUUUAUCGCCGAGCACUCCAACGUGCCCGACGGCAUCGUCACGGUCAAGGUGCUCAAGACGCGGUCUGCCAACCCCAACGGCAAGCCGCAGGACAACGAGCGCAACGUAAUCCGGCAGGCCGACAUGUGGCUGCGCGAGUACCAGAGCCAGGACGACCUGCGCCACCACUCCAUCGUCAAGCUUUACGGCGGCGACGCGCGCUACCUCUCGCUCUACAUGGAGCACGUCGACGCCAAGGACCUCUCGGCCAAGGGCGUGUGGCGCUCGCAAGUCGACCACGGCUUCCUCGGCGACCGCUCCGACGCCUUCGCCAUCUUGCGCGACAUCAGCGGCGCCCUGAACUACCUGCACGGCAAGUCCCUUGUGCACAACGACAUCAAGCCCGCCAACAUCCUCUACUCGCCCGCCCGCGGCGCCGUGCUCUGCGACUUUGGCCUGUCGACGCACACGAGCGGGCCCGUCACGACGGGCGGCACCCCCUACUACAUCCCGCCCGAGUUCAUCGGCAAGAAGCUGCGCGGCCCGCCGUCGGACGUCUGGGCCCUCGGCGUCACCAUGCUAUACGUUCUCGGCAAGAUCCCCUUCCCGGAUGCGCGCUCGCGCAAGGCCGCCAACAAGCCGGCGCUGUACUGGAUGAUCGCCGACGUCAACCGCCCGCCUGCGCAGCCGCAGCCGCACCGGCCGGGCCAGCCGUGCAGCCACGCCGUCGACCUGAUGUAUGUCUGGCUGAGCGAGGUGGCCGUCGCGAGGGAGAAGCUGUACCCGCGCGACAAGCUCGAGCGGCUCGUGUCGGACAUGCUCAUCGCCGUGCCGAGCCAGCGCAUCACGAUGGCGCGGGUCGUGAGGGAGAUGUAUCUCCUGGAGCAGCAGGCCCUCGCCAAGAGGUGA